AUGUAUAAUUUUUUUUUGUCCAUAAUAUGUAUAUUCUUCAUUCCUUAUUUUUGUCGAGCAAGCUUCAAAGAAUAUUUAUCUAAUAAGAAAAUAUUUUUAAAAUAUAAUGGUACCUAUUGUUUAUACCCUGAAAAUGUUAUAGAAAAUGAUAUAAUUGAAAUAGCCACCGAUGAAUGUGAUAAAGUAGCACAUGAAUAUGAGAAUAAAAUUGUUUGGUUUUCGUUCGAUAAUGGAAGAUUAAGAAGCAACAACGGUAUGUGCCUUAAAACGUACAAAAAUAUUUUAGUGCUUUCCACAUGUUCGCCUAAUAAAAAUGAAAAGUCAGAAAUGUGGAAGAUAGAUGAAGAAACACAUUUAAAAAAUGAAAACAACAAUUGUGCUCAAAUAGCUGGGAAUAAAUUAUUUUCUUUUACAUGCAAUAAUUUAUCAACUAAAGAAUUUGAACAAUCCAUAUUUUCUUCAGACGAAUUAUAUUUAAUGAAAACAAGAUAUUCGCAACAAAAAUUAAAAAAUAUUAAAACAGAAGAUAUAGAUACGUUUCAUAACAAUUUUAAUACUUUAACAAAUAGUUACAAAGAAGUAGAUACUAAAAUAGUACAUAUUUUAAACAGAGAUAAAGAAAUGAAAAAACAAAAAGAAAAAAUUCUUCAUUUAAUAAACGAUAUGAAAUUAUUAGUUAAUACAUCUUCAUCAUUAAAUGAAUAUGGUACAGGGGCUAUUAUGAAAAUAUAUGAUAAUAUGGAUAUAGAGCAAAAGAAAUAUUUAUUAAAUGUACCAUUAGAAAAAUUAGAAAUUAAUGAGGAAAAGUUAGACGAACUAGGUAUAGAACAAGGGCAAAUAAAAAUUAUUAUUCAAAGCUUUUUAAAUGUACCGGAAAAUAAUACUUAUACAUUUUAUGUAAAAAAUAUCGUAGGAUAUAUAAAUAUAAAAUUAAACAAUGAAGAAAUUUUAUCCAAUAGAAAUAUUGAAAUAAAUAAUAGAACGAAUAAUAGUGCUGUUGUGAAAUUACGAAAAAAUAAAUUAAUCCCUAUAUACAUAGAAAUAUCUUCCAUAGGUAAUGAAAAACCUUCAUUUUCUUUAUAUUGGAGUAAUAAUAAUAAUAUGCCCGAACAAAUCAUUAAUUCUUUAUAUCUAUAUAGUACAAUAUAUGAAAAAGUGUGUUAUACACCACUUCAGAAAAAAAUUGAUUUUACUUUAACAUUUGAAAAUAUUACUAAAACGAAUAGAGAAUAUCAGUUUUUGUGUCCACUCAAAAAUUUCAAUAAUGAUCAGAACGUUAGAAUAUUAAAAAAUGAGAAUAGACCAGAUUAUUGUUAUGAUUUAAAAUCUAGUAUAUGCGCCUCAGCAAUUGAUUCAUACUUUUUACCAAAUGAAAGUGAAGGAAUUGUAAAAGCAGUUAGACAAAGGAUACAAAAUGAAAAAGGCAUAUAUGAAGAGUGUGGUAUUAUAUUACCUACUAAUACAACUGAACAUAUAUUUAAAGGAAUAACAGAUAUAAAAUUAAUUGAUAUGGAUGAUUUUUUUAUUAAUUAUGAAAAAAAUAAAGAAUUAUACAAAGGUUAUAAAGGUAUAGUAACUGAUGAUAAACAUUCCUUAUUAUCUAAAACAGAUUUAGAUAAAAGUUUUAUAUCUGAUAUUGAUAUAAAUUGUACAAAUAAUUUUAAUGAAAAAAAAACUAAUUAUGAAUAUAGCUCAGGAUCAUUUAUAAUUAAACGUAUUAAAUCUUCAGAUUUAUUAAAACAAAAUACAUCAAUUGUUGUUGACGUUUUUGCUUUAUUUGAAAAAUAUAGUGACAUCAAGAAUAUGCCUUCUAUUUAUUUAUCAAAUUGGACCAGGAAAACAUGUAAUGAUAUACAGUUAUAUAUAAAAUAUGGAAAGCCAAAUGAUAUAAUGAAAUAUCCAUCAAAACUUUUAUCUUGUGAUGACACAUUUGAAAGUUUGACCUAUCAAAGUAGAGACGAUAAUAAUAACAACAACAAUAAUAACAACAACAAUAAUAACAACAACAAUAACAACAACAAUAAUAAUAAUAAUAAUAAUAAUAAUGAUAAUAAUAAUAUUAUUAGUGAUUAUUAUGAUUACGAUGAUGAUGAUACCAUUGUUGCUAGGUGCUUACCCUAUUGUUUUAAUGAUAAAGAAGUAUUAGGCUCAUAUAUUUAUAUGUCCAAAUCACCCAUUUGCAAAUCGGCUAUACAUUCGGGUAUUUUAACAAUUAAUGGGGGGUUGGUAGAAAUACGAAAGCUAAAAAAUAUAACACAAAAUUUCAACAGUACGAUGGAAAUUACGAGAAAUGGUAUUAAAGCAACAAUAGGUACAAACCAAAAUGGAUAUUCUUAUUAUAUUACUAAACCAAGUGGUAGGUUUUGUAAUUUUCCUAGGACAUCCUACAAUAUAAAUGAAUCAAUAAAUUUAGAAAGUGACAUAGACUAUAAGAAUGAUGAAGAUAAAACAAACAACAACAAUAAUAACAAUAAUAAUAAUAAUAACAAUAAUAAUAAUAAUAAUUAUCAUAAUAAUAAUAAUUAUCAUAAUAAUUAUCAUAAUAAUAAUCAUCCACAUAACGAUAAUACGAUUUUUCCUUCCUUCAUUCAGUUAUAUUCCAAAUUAACCGAAACACCCCCAGUCGUUUUAGUGCAUGAAAAACAUGCGGUUCUACCUAAUCAGCUAGACAAAAUACAAAAUGUAUACAAUCAAAAUAAUUAUAAAAAAGAUUUUUUUUUUCCUCAAAAAAAUGAGGCACUCAAUGAAAAUAAAAAGAAGAAUCCAACUUCUACACCUUCAGAUGAUGAAGAAAAAAAAGAAAAUAAGAAAAUAAUUCAAGAAUUUACUACGUUUGAAAAAAAUUAUAAAAAGGAUAUUCCACAUUAUCAAACAUUAAUUAAGAAAAAUGAAAAUAUUCUUUCGAACUUGUUUAUGAAAAAAAAUAGUAUAAAAAAUAUGGAAUCACAAAUAACAGAUAUAAGAAAAAAUCAAAAAGAUUCGUAUGAUAUAUUUGUUAAAACUCAAGAAACAGUUGUAACUUCUCUUAUUAAACAAUUUAAUAUAAUAACGAAGAAAAAGGAAAAUCAUAUAAAUAGGCUAGAAAAAGCAUUUUCCAAUGUUAAGACAACAACAGUAAAAAUAUUCAAAGAACAAUAUAAAUCUACAAAUAUUAAUGAUAAUUAUAUAAUAAUAGAUAGUAUUCAAAAUAAUAGUAUGAAUGGAUCAUCAAAUUGGAAAAUUGAAAAAUAUACAAAUGGAAAUUUCUUUUCAUCUAUUACUGAAAAUUCAUUUAUAAAAUCAGAAGAUAAUAUAUAUGGAUCAUAUAUACUUUAUCGAUAUACCAAAUUAUAUAAAGGAUUUAUAUCAUUAGAUAUAAAAUUACCAUAUGAAGGAUCAUUUGGUAUAAUCUUUAAAUAUAAAGAUGAUAAAAAUUAUCAUAACUUUAUAAUUAAUAGGAAUGAAUUUUAUUUUUUGGAAGUAAUAAAUGGAACAGUAGGAAACAAAAUUAAUUAUACGAAAACUGAAAAUAAUAUUUAUAAUUUUGGAAUGUGGAUACAAAUUCAUCUAGAUUUUGGUAAUAAAUAUAUACGUACAUUUAUAAAUAAAAAAUUUGUAUGUGGAUAUGAAACGCGAUAUCAUACAUAUGGAUUCUUAGGAUUUGGAGUCAAUCAUUGUAAAGAAAAAAUAUUUAUUGAUAAACUAGUUAUAGGUUCUUUAGAUCAAACCAAAUAUUACUCAGACAAAAUGGGAAAAAAGAAUAACAUUCAAAAUAUAUUUCCUCCUACUAUUUAUUUAAAUAAAAAUAUGCAAGUAUUACAAAAUGGAACAAAAAAAAAAAAACAAAACAAAAAUUUUAUUUUUAAUAAAUAUAAUAAAGAACAUACAAUAAGUAUAGGAAAUAAUAAUUCUAAUGGAUGUAUACCUUUUGAAGAAAAUUUCCAUACCCCUUUAGAUAACAACUGGAUAAUACCUGAGAAUAAUAAUAUAUGGCAUAUAAAAAGAAAAGAAACAAAUAUAUACUUACCAUCCAUAUUAAAAAAUUUUAAAAACAUAUAUAAAAAUCAAGAUAAUUCAGAAACUAAUAAUAUAUCGAAUGAUGAAGAAAAUUAUUUAUAUUCAAUAAAAAAAACAAAUCAAGCAAAUAAUAUACUAAUACCAUCUAUACUUCUUUUAAAUAAACAACAUUUAUGUACACAUAUGAAAUCAUAUACAUUUCAAACUAAUAUAAAACUAAAUAAAAUAUCCAAAGCUGGAAUCAUUUUUAGAGUUCAUUCCAAUCAUGAUUUCUUAUCCGUCAUAUUAGAUAUAUCACAAAAACAUGGAAAAAUAUAUCUUAUGAAAAUAACCAAAGGAAUACCAUUCCAAUUAUUAACAAAAACUCAUAUAUCAAUACAAGAUAACACAUGGUAUAAUUUAAAACUAUCUUAUAAUGGCUCAAAUAUAAAACUUAUCUUAAAUGAUGAAAUAAUUUUAAAUUCAAAAAUAAACCAAAAUAUGCCUAAACAAUUGGGUACACUAGGUCUUAUAUUAUUAUCUGGUCAAUGUAAGUACAAAAAUGUUGUAUUUACACCAAGCACUAGUUCUCAAUAA